UUACUCUCAUUGGAUGUUGCACUAGUCUAGUUCUCGAGUAAACGCGUGAAACUAAACAGGGUUUUGCAGGAUUUAAUAACGCAAGAUUAUGCAGCCGCUCUAGCAGCCCACGUCAGGGAUCGCCCUCUGUCGUCCUCGGAUCUUUUUUUUUUUUUUUUUUUUUUUUUUUUUUGAGCCGGCUCGUCCCAGCAGCUUGUGUGUGCAGUCAGGGGGCGAAGAUGGGACUCCCCGCCUUGGAGUUUAGUGACUGCUACCUGGAUAGUCCCCAGUUCAGGGAGAGACUCAAGUCCCACGAGCUGGAGCUGGACAAGACAAGCAAGUUCAUCAAGGAACUCCUCAAGGAUGGCAAGGCGCUCAUCCAGGCGCUCAAAAGUCUGUCUUCGGCCAAGAGGAAGUUUGCCGACUCCCUCAACGACUUUAAAUUCCAGUGUAUCGGGGACGCCGAGACGGAUGAUGAAAUAUGCAUAGCCAAGUCUCUUCAGGAAUUUGCAGCUGUUCUACAAAACCUGGAGGAUGAGAGGACACGGAUGAUUGAGAACGCCAAUGAUGUGCUCAUUAUGCCUCUGGAAAGGUUCAGGAAAGAGCAAAUCAGGGCAGCGAAGGAAGCCAAGAAAAAGUACGAUAAAGAGACAGAGAAAUAUUGUGCAGUACUAGAGAAGCACCUGAGUCUUUCGGCAAAGAAGAAAGAGUCUCAUCUGCACGAGGCGGACAACCAAGUAGAUAACGUGCGGCAGCAUUUCUAUGAGGUUUCUCUGGAGUACGUCUUCAAAGUGCAGGAGGUCCAAGAGAGGAAGAUGUUUGACUUUGUGGAGCCCUUGCUGGCCUUCCUACAAGGCCUGUUCACCUACUAUCACCAUGGCUACGAGCUGGCGAAGGACUUCAACCACUUCAAGACGGACCUCACAAUCAGCAUACAGAAUACACGAAAUCGUUUUGAGAGCACGAGGUCCGAAGUGGAGAGUUUGAUGAGGAAGAUGAAGGAGAAUCCACAUGAGCACACGAGUAUUAGCCAGCACACGAUGGAGGGAUACCUGUAUGUGCAGGAGAAGCGUUCCUUUGUGUCUACCUGGGUGAAGUAUUACUGCACGUACCACAGGGAGCCAAAGCGGGUCACAAUGGUCCUAUUUGACCCCAAAUCGGGGGGCAAAACUGGUGAAGAGGAGAGCUUCACACUGAAGUCCUGCACCAGGAGGAAGACAGACUCGAUUGAAAAAAGAUUUUGCUUUGAUGUGGAGGCUGUAGACAGGCCGGGAAUAAUCACCAUGCAGGCUCUGUCAGAGGAAGACCGCAGGUUGUGGAUGGAAGCCAUGGAUGGGAGAGAGCCGGUGUACAAUCUCAACAAGGACAACCAGACGGAAGGCAUGGCCCAGCUGGAUGUGAUCGGGUUCAAUGUGAUGAAAAAAUUCAUCUAUGCAGUGGAGACUCGAGGUAUCGAUGAGCAAGGCUUGUACAGAAUCGUCGGCGUCAGCUCUCGAGUGCAGAAACUAUUGAGCCUCGCCAUGGAUCCAAAGACAUGCGCUGAUGUAGAGCUGGAAAACCCCGAGUGGGAAAUUAAGACGAUCACCAGUGCUAUCAAGCACUAUCUCAGGGUGCUCCCCGCACCUCUCAUGACAUAUCAAUACCAGAGGAGCUUCAUCAAGGCUGCUAAGUUGGACAACCCCGAGGCCAGGGUGACAGAGAUCCACCGUCUGGUGCACCGACUGCCUGAGAAGAACCGGCAGAUGUUGGAGCUGCUUAUGAAACAUCUCUCCACUGUGGCCAAUCACCACCAGCAGAACCUGAUGACGGUGGCUAACCUGGGCGUGGUUUUCGGGCCGACUCUACUCCGCCCACAGGAAGAGACGGUCGCGGCCAUUAUGGACAUCAAGUUCCAGAAUAUUGUAGUGGAGAUCCUCAUUGAGCACCACGAGAAGAUAUUUCAGGAUGCGCCGAGCUCUGCGGGAGGUUUAACCAACACCCAGCUCAACCAGUCCAGGAGGAGAAGCACCGACAGCAAAGCUCCGUCCUGCAUUGAAAGACCUCUCACGCUCUUCCAGACACCGACACAUUCCCUCAAAGGUGAGAAGAGGAACAGCUUGGUCAACGCCACGAUGGGCGAGCUGCAGCAGGCCGCGUCGUCCUCCGCCAACUGCAACAGCAGCAGCAACAGCAGCAGCAGCGGCAGCAGCAGCAGCGCCGGCAGCCAAGGUUUGACGCCCAGACACAGCCUGACCAGCAAUGACGGAGAGCACGACACCAGGCACACCCGUCCCAACUCACUAUGUCUUUCAAUUGCAGCCGUGACAGCAGAGAUGGAACAAUCGAAUCUUCCCAGGACCGUGAGAUAAGAAAAGUAGCAAGCCAACUUCCGAUCAGCGGCUCGUCCUCUUCGUCUGCAGCACUCUAAAUGCAAUUUAGCUGUAAUGACUUGGUUUGUGUACGCACCGAGUCACAAUGUGCAAUCAUGUGUGCCCUUAUGGUCAAAAAUAAUCUCAUGUGCCACAUCCAUGAACCAGCUACUGAGUCUCCAAUGAUAAAUGACAUAAAACUGCUGCUUGCUUAAAAGACAAAAUCGUCCUUUAUAGAUGACAAUAAGGUGGUGUACACUCUGGACCGGUCAACAAGUAAUCAUUUGCAUUCACACCUAUGGACAAUUUUGAGUCUUCAAUCAACCCUACCGAUUGUCCGUUAUAUCAAUAAUGAUGCAUCAUCAGCUACACUCGUCCACAGAGCUCGUGUGUCUGCCUGCUUCUGCGAGGGGCAAUCUGGCUAGUGUUUGUGGUCAUGUGACUGCCUGGCUAUGUUUGAUUAGCCAAAUGGAGUCAAACAUCUCUAGUAGUUACAAAGGAUUGGUGAAAAUGGAGUCACUAGCCUCUCACAUAAGUACUAAUGCAGGUAGUGAGCACAAUGUUCAUUGUAACAGAGUCAAAGUAGUGUUACUUAAUAAAAAUAGGAAAUAAAAGUAAAACGUAUGUUCAAUUGAAAUUACCGUAAUUCCCGACCUACGGAGCACACUGGGUUACAAGCCUCACCGAGUACAUUUGUAAAGGAAAUACCAUUUGGUACAAACAUACGCCGCAAGUGCCCACAUUGAAACCCACAUUGAAACACGAGAUAUUUACAGAGACGGUACACAGAAAGAGUUUAACGCUAGCGCUAAUGCUAACAGGGUCGGUUAAAAUAAAACUUACCGGUCAAUAUCCCUGAGGUACACCAGUAGCACAGCAGCAACAUGCUAGCACAGCGCUACCGCUAGCGCAGUGCUAACAGGGCCGGUAAAAGUCACUUCCUUGGCACAUAUACUCCACCGGUAUCAUUCUUACCUUUUCUGCUCGAGUCCCCCCUUGCGGCCGUUAGAAAAAAAAUGCACAAAUUAACCACAUCACCGCAUAAAACGCAGGGUUGAAAGCGGGUGAAAAAAGUCGCAGCUUGUAGGCCGGAAAUUACGGAAAAUGGACGAUUUAAGCAACAGCGUAAAUGUACUGGCUACUACGCACUCAUGCCCGCGGAGUGUGAAUGUGAGCGUGAAAGGCUGUUUGUGCCUUGUGAUUGGCUGGCAACCAAUCCAGGGUGUGCACGACCUCACGUUCAAAAUCUGCUGGGACAAGAUGCACAGUGGUGGUUCCGUGAGCAAUAGAGCGACCGCAGCUACUCGGACAGCUGCAGCAAAGCCGAGUGGGCAAAAACAGAAAAAAAAACCCCAAAAACCACUCAUGCUCCUUGUGAUCCCCGUUUAAAGUAUAUUUUCUUUGCUCCCAUGCGCUGGGCACACAAAGCAACAUUGCAUUGUCAGCCAUCCAGUGCAGCGCAAGUAAAGGACGUGAACGCGUAAUGGGUGUUUAUGGGGACUGAUGGCCUGCCAGCAGAUCGAGGAUGAAAUAAGGCAGCACCUUUUUGAUGGAAUCAUGCUUGUCAAAAAAUGUCGGCCCGGAAAUUAAAUAACCAUCUGUUGUCACGUUUAUGAUUUUUCCAGUGAUUCUGCUUUUCUUUUCUGCUAAAGGACACGAAAUAAAACACAACUGUUUGUAGCUUUAAGUCAGAUCAAAUAUCUUGAGCUGCCAAAAAGUGAUACUAAAAGUUGAUAGUUGAGAAGAGGAAAGGAUUUUAAAGAUGAUAUAUUGACUGGAAUAGUGGUUAAUGUACAGUAUGUUCUUAAGGUGAGAUGCCACUGAUUUUUCGUCAUUAUUCUUGAUAAUCAUUAAUGACCUUUUGGUGGGUUUGCAAGAUGAUUUAAAUUGAAAAUGCUCAGGAAGUCCCGUGUCAAAUUAUUCCCUUUGGUGUUUUUAUAUCUGGCAGUUGCGGCUGGCUUUAUUAUUAAUAUGUGACUUAACUAAGUGCUGCUCUGAUUGGCCGUUGGCAAAUCGCGAUAUAUUGUUCCCAGGAUGAAUGGGCAUAGAGCAACUACGAAGUGGGGGCGUGUUCUUAAAUAUUAAUGGGCUUUAACAACGUGACACUGUCAGCAUUUUCAAAAUGUUCUCGUUUGCGGGACUUUCGCACUCAGUCGACAAACCGCGUAAAUGUCAAACAAACCAGGUGACAGGCUUAUUUUUACCUAUGUUAUGCAUAAAGCAGUAGAAAAAUGGAUUCUGAAUGGUAUGUUAAUGUUUCUUCUGAGAAUACAUUUGUGCAAUUUGAGCGCGUAGCCUCUCAUCCUUGCAGUAAAUAACAUGUCAGUGAACGUGAUGACAGUCGAAAUGCCUCCACCGUAUGAACAAAAUGUUUCCAGACAAGAGGUCUUGUACAAAGUGAUAAGUUGUCUCAUUUGAAAAUGUCAUGUGGUUUACAAGUUUUAUAAAAAGAUUGCCUCCUCCGUCGACUUACGAGUUACGUCAGUGCUCUAAUCUUUUUUUUUUUUUUUUUAACAUUUUCAAAGACAACGAAAUCCAUAUUGUAAUAAAACUUUAUAAAAGAAAAAGUGCUGUUGUGUGUACCUGUACAUGUGCCUUUAAGGGGUGUGCCCUCAUAAGCUGCACUCGGUUAAUUCAUUCUAAGCGUGAGUAUUGUCUUCCUGAAUUUGUGAUAUUGACUGCUUGGAUUGUUUAAUAAUCGUCUGAAAGUUCAUUUUCACUGUGUCUCUCCAUGGCCCCAUGCCACAGUGUAUAUACGCAUUUUUUUCCCCCUCUUCACUUGAGUAGUGGCGUUUGUGAAGUUUACGCGUAACUUCCAUUCUGUGCGACCAUAAGCACAUUCAAGGUGUUGCCCCACUGUUGGGGUCCACAAGUCGACUCGUUGACUUUCUUACUCCGCAGUGAUGGUGAAAGCGGGAUGUCCUCAAGUUGCUAAUACCAUAUUUUUUAUUUAUUUUUUUUAAUGGAAGGAAGAGGCGGAGCCCCUUGCAGCUGCGCGAGUCUGUCACGUGCUUCCAAUUGAUUUAAAUUGUCGUUCUAUGUGGAAAAACAAGUCAAGAAUAAUAAAAAGCUAGGUUUUCAACCCACCUGUGGAGCAAUUAUGUUAUUAUACUGGUGUGCUCUUAUUAUGAAGGGCUGAGUUUACCGGUUACAGGACGUUUCCCAAACCUUUAUAUAUGAAUAUAUAUAUAUAUAUAUGUAUGUAUAUAUAUAAAGACAUAUACCAUAUUUUCCGCACUAUAACAUGCACCUAAAAGCCUUUAAUUUUCUCAAAAGCAGACGGUGCGCUUUAUAAUCCGGUGCGCCUUAUAAUGUGGUGCGCCUUAUAAAUGGGAAAAGAUUUAAAAUAGGCCAUUCAUUGGAGGUGAGCCUUACAAUGCGGUGCGCCUUAUAGUGUGAAAAAUGCAGUGUAUAUAUGUAUAUAUAUUUUGUACUGUACUGAAAUCGAGUAAACACUUACUGUGCUAUAUUUUUC